UUAACUAAUAAGAGAUUAGGUGAACAAAUGUCAAUUUGAGUUAAAUCAUUUGAUUAACGAUAAAUAUUAAUAUGCCUCCGACUCAUCUAUCAAUCAUCUUCGAAAAAUUUAAAUAUUUGUUAUCUUUUUGAAGUGUUAUUGUUUAAUUGGGCUACUUCGAAAUCGGGCCACAUUGGAUUAUCAGUAGCUAAUUAACUUACACUCAUCUAUAGAAUCUCUUAUCUGGCUUGUAACAUUGCCAUUUUUGCUGCACCAUCAGUGAAAAUCAAUGUCUCAACAAAAUAAUAAAACUGCAAAAACUCCGACUAAAAAGCCACCAGCUACUAAACCAAAGCCAAAGCUCGUUCCAACUCAAAACAAUGUCAACAAAGACCCGGUUGAAGUCUAUUGUAGACUUCGUCCUAUCAAAAACAAUAGCGACUUUGUCUGUAUUAAAAGGUUAAAUGAUAAUACUCUUCAGUUGAUGUCAUUUGGCAAUAACAAGCUAGAAUCAUUUUAUACUUUUAAAUAUGUGUUUCCUGAGACGACGAGCCAGAGUGAAGUAUUUCAUCGUAUUGGUUUACCCCUCAUCAAAAAUCUCAUCAACGGAAAAAAUAGUCUUUUAUUUACAUAUGGUAUCACCUCAUCUGGUAAAACUUUCACGGUCACUGGUAGUUCUCAUAAAUGUGGACUUCUUCCUAGAACUUUGGACGUCUUAUUCAAUAGUAUUGAAGGAAACUUGUCUAGAAAAUUCGUUUUUAAACCUGAUGGUCAAAAUAGUUUUGAUAUACAAUCGACACCUGAUGCGUUACUGGAAUGGCAGAGAGAAAAGCAAGUAGCUCGAACUCCUUCAUCUUUUGGUAGUACGCCUAAAGUAAAGAAAAGAGAACAAGAUGACUUGCAAGAAUGGGAACAACGAGACCGAGAUGAUACAAUCGUUGACAUUGAAGUGAAGGGAAACGCAUUUGCUGUGUUUGUGUCUUAUGUGGAAAUUUACAACAAUUAUAUUUAUGAUUUGCUGGAUGAUGAUGUUAUGCUUGAUCCUUUUAAAAUGAAGCAACCUCAAUCAAAAGUCUUACGAGAAGAUAAAAAGCGUCGCGUUUUUGUUUAUGGAGCCAAUGAAACUGAAGUUAGAUCCUCAGAUGAAGCUUUUGACCUUUUUAUCAAAGGUACACGACGACGACGUAUGGCUCACACUGCUUUGAACACUGAAUCAAGUCGCAGUCACUCUGUUUUCAAUAUAAGGGUUGUUCAAGCUCCAACCGAUGCAGAAGGUGAGGUGAUUAAAGACGAAAAGUUUAUGACUGUAAGUCAGCUUUCUCUGGUCGAUCUUGCUGGAAGUGAAAGGACACAGCGCACCCAAACUACAGGAGAAAGAUUGCGAGAAGCAGGGAAUAUAAACAAUUCGUUGAUGGCAUUGCGAACAUGUAUUGAUUUAUUGAGAGAAAAUCAAAAGUUUGGCGCCAACAAAAUAGUGCCUUAUCGAGAUAAUAAGUUAACUCACCUUUUCAAGAGCUACUUUGAAGGCGAAGGUAGAAUCAAAAUGAUAAUUUGUGUAAAUCCUGGAUCAGAAGAUUUUGAUGAAACUCUGCAUGUAAUGAAGUUUGCUGAGACGACUCAAGAAGUUCUCAUCAAUCGAGCCAAUGAUAUGCCAUUCCAUAUGAGGAUACCUCGUCCGUCCUGUUAUCAGUCCAAAUUCAUCUCGUUUCCUCGCCUGGAAACUCAAUGCAAUGAAUUUGUUGGACCCAUUUUACCAACCUUUGAUAAAAUCGACUGGAAAGAUUCAUCACAAUUGACCGACUUGAUCAACAUUUUAGAGCAGCGUAAACAAAAUGAACUUAGACAUUACGAGCGCAUGAAACAAGAGCAUCUUUUAUUUCGAGAAAAAGUCGCCUCAGCUGAAAGUGAAAACAUGCUUAGUAGACAACAACUUGCUGUUUUACGAAAUGAUUUGGAAGUACGUGAGAAUCAAAUAAAGGCUUUGGAAUCAAAAUGUGCUCAAUAUGAGGAUGGACAGGAUGAAUAUUGCCGGAAAAUUUACAGUCUGGAGAAAGCAAUCAAAGAAAAGGAAUGGCAACUUGAAAGUAAAAUUCGAGCCUUACAGCAUGCCACCAAUGAACAGGAGCGAAACCGAGCCCAAUUGGAAGAAAGGUUGGAAAAAGAGAAAGAACGAUUAAAACGAGUAUUCAAUCGAGUUUUGGAGGAAAAGAAAGCUCAACUUGAACGUGAAUUAUGUUUGACAAAUGAAAAGAUGCAUCUUGUUAAAGAUAUUUUAACAGCAAAUAACACUGAUUUAGGUUUCUUCCGAGAUUAUCUAGAAAAUCUAUAUCCUAGAGUUCACCCUGUUGCCCCAGUACAUCCAGCUCAGAGUAGAUAUAGUUCAUGCAAUUAGAAAUCUUAACUCAUUGGUUUCAUCAUCUGAAAACAAUAAAUUCAAUUUUUAAACACAA